UGACGCCUCGGUCGGAGUCAUAUAACCUAUCUCUCAUGUAGAAGGAGCUAGCUACACGCCGACGUACGGCCUUUUUUUUCUACAGAUAACUGGAUCGAAUAAAAGUAGGUUAAAAUGGGAGCCUACAAGUAUAUUGCAGAGAUCUCUCGCAAGAAGCAGAGUGAAGUUAUGCGCUUCCUCCUUCGUGUGAGAUGUUGGCAAUACCGUCAACUCACCAGGCUCCACAGAGCUCCAAGACCAACACGUCCUGAGAAGGCCCGCCGUUUGGGUUACAAGGCAAAACAAGGAUUCUGUAUCUUCAGAAUUCGUGUUCGCCGUGGUGGACGCAAACGCCCAGUCCCUAAAGGUGCCACUUAUGGCAAACCCAAGGGUCAGGGUAUCAACCAAUUGAAGCCGACCCGCAAACUGCAAUCAGUUGCUGAGGAGCGCGUUGGAAGACGUUGUGGUGGUUUGAGAGUGCUCAACUCUUACUGGGUAGCUCAAGACUCCUCAUACAAAUACUUUGAGGUAAUCUGUGUUGAUCCCUUCCACAAGGCUAUCCGCAAUGACGCUAAAGUCAACUGGAUCUGCAAGGCUGUUCACAAACAUCGUGAGAUGCGUGGUUUGACAUCAGCUGGAAAGAGCUCUAGAGGUCUUGGCAAAGGUCAUCGUUUCAGCCAUACCAUUGGUGGCUCCAGAAAGGCGCAUUGGAAGAAACAAAACUCGCUUUCGUUGCGCAGAAAGCGAUAAACAUUUUCAUAAUCUGUACGCUGUGGUAUGCAUUUACCUCAAUAGAUUAUGCAAAUUGUUAAUAAAAUUUUUUUUAAUAAUU